AUUUGGAUGAAAUAAGCAGGUUAGAUGGAUGCAGUGAGAUUCAGCAUUUUACUGCUACUACUGUGGUUUGGCUGCCAACUGGACUCUACAGCACCUCUUGUAAAAACAAUCGGAAAAGAAUCAGAUUUUACUCCAAUCUGCACCAAUGAAACGUCAAACAUCAUCAUGAUGAUUGUGUGUAAAAUCAGAACAGAGAGGAACAAUGGAGAGCAGUGCAAUCUGCUGUAUCAGGAUGGAGGUGACUUUGUUCAUGAGUGUGACUCCAGAUUCUCACUAAAAACCAGGAAUCAAACUGUGUUUCUGCACCUGACCAGUUUAACAGCAGCUGAUAGUGGGAACUACUCCUGUCAGUGUUUAAAUCUUAAUGGAACAAAUUUUCUUCAUCUCAGAAUCACAGUUAAUGAAUCAAAUCCUAAUAAUUCAUCAGAUGAAGUUUGGAGCCAGUCUGCAGCAGUGACUCUUCCUUCUGCUUUGACUGCAGCAGUUCUCCUAAUUAUCAAGGUUUCUGUUAUUCUGGGAUUUAUCUACAGAAGACGUUCACAUCGAAAGCAAAUGGAGUCAUGCAUUCGUCAUGGAGAGGAAGACUUGACUGAAAUUGAGCCGUACAGCUCCUACACUCAGAAGGAAAAUUCUCUUUAUUCAACAGCCAUUAUUGCACAGCUGUCAAAUUAAUUCUGAUUCUACAAAUGUUUAACAAAUUUACCAUCAUAAUCCUUGGGAUUUUUUUUUAUCUGGCGUAUUUCAGAUCAUUUCAGUUGAGACUCUCUGUUCAGAGCAGCAGCAGAUGUUGCAUCGAUAAGCAGGUCAGAUGGACGCAGUGAGAAUCAACCUUUUACUGCUUCUGCUUUUUUUGCAUGAUGUCUGGACUCUGAAGGUAACGUUAUGUUGAAUAUUCUUUGAAAUGUUUUACAUCUGUUCUAGUUUUUAAAAGAUUCCAAUAUUACAGCAAUCAGUUUCUUAUUCAUUGUUCUUUCCUGCUUUCAGUGACUCUUGUGAAAACAAUCGGGAAAGAAUCAGAUUUCACUCCAAUCUGCACCAACAAAACAUCAAACAUCAUAUUGAUCAUUUGUAAAAUCAGAACAGAGAGGAACAAUAGAGAGGAGUGCAGUCUGCUCAGUGUGACUCCAGAUUCUCACUAAAAACCACACUGUAACAAAUUGCUGUAAAAAAACGGCCAAAACUGAACAGUAUCAUACUGUUUCUAUUGAAAACGGUACUGCACCGUGAAAAACAAUGC